GGUUCAUAGGAUGUUACUAUGCGGUUACUAGGGUGUUGCUAUGCAGCUGCUAAGCGGUUCUGAGUAGUUUUUCGAAUUGUUCUAUGCAGCUGCCAAGGGAUUGUGUGUGGUUUAUAGAAUGUUACUAUACGGUUGCUAGGGUGAUGCUAUGCAGCUGCUAAGGGGUUCUGAGUGGUUUUUCAGAAUGUCGCUGUGUAUCUGUUAAAGGGUUCUAAAUGUUUUUUUUUAAAGAAGUUAUUGUGCGGUUGCUUAUGUUCUGAGUGGUACUGUUGCUAUGCGGUUGCUUUCUGUGGUUCCCAUAGAAAACCACAUAGCUACAUGCAAACAACCACUCAAAUGGAAUUGUAAAAAUAACAAAAUUCAGUUUGAUGUCUCUAGCGGUGUAGAAAUGACACACUUUACCUUUAAUUAAACGUAAAACAUCAACGUUAAGCCAUCAGCUGACUUUACAAAUGUUCUUCUGAACAUAUCAGACAGCAAUUUAAUGAGCCGCAACAUCAGUGGUGUUAAACAUUGACAGCAGUCCAAAGUUGUUGUGUGUCUGCUUGUAUCAGUAACCCCUCCAGCAGUGUUUCCUCACUUAACAGGAUCCCUGACAGAAAACCAAGCCUGCUGAGCAAACAUCAACACAGCUACGGGCUCCUCCUCCUCCCCCAGUUACACAAAACCAGACACAAACACUCGCCGGAGGGAUUUGAUUUCAUAGCAACCAGCCCUGGCCCUCCCUCUCCUGAGCAAGAGGGCGGAGGCUGGGAACAGGUGAACACCUAUCAGCUCCCAUUCCUGCGGGAUGCAAAACCUCACAGUCAAAACCAGUCCUCACUCUUCAGGCUUCUGGAAUCAUGGCGAACGGAGCGCUGGAGAUCGUGGGAAUGUGUGUGAGCCUGAUCGGCCUCGUCGGGGUGGCGGCCAGCACUGGGAUGCCGAUGUGGCGGGUGACGGCAUUCAUCGGGGAGAACAUCAUUGUGAUGGAGACCCGGUACGAGGGCUUGUGGAUGAACUGCUUCCGGCAGGCCAGCAUUCGGAUGCAGUGUAAGGUGUACGACUCUUUGCUGGCACUGUCUCCGGACCUCCAGGCCGCCCGGGGGCUCAUGUGCUGCUCCGUGGCAUUGACCGGGCUGGGUUUACUAAUUGCCAUCGCUGGGAUGAAGUGCACGGCAUGCAUCCAAGGAAAUGACCGCGCCAAGCGGAUGGUUCUGAUCAUCUCUGGCUGCAUGAUCCUAGCCGGCUGCUUCUGCUGCCUCAUACCUGUCUCCUGGACCGGACAUGCCAUCAUCCAGGACUUCUACAACCCCUUGCUCAUUGAUGCCCAGCGUAGAGAACUCGGGGAGGCGUUGUACAUCGGUUGGGUGUCUUCUGCUUUCUUAUUCGCUGGCGGGUGCAUAUUCACCUGCUGCAGUGGCUCCCUGGACAAGGGCCCAGAUCCGAGGUACAAGUACACCAGGAACGCACCCUACGUGGCCUAUCACCCACAGCCCGUGGCCUAUCACCCCCACCCGCACUCGGUGUACAGCCACCCGUCCGGGCCACCGUCGUUCAUAGAGCAGUCAUACCAACCAUCCAGACAGCCGUCAUUCAUUCAGCCUUCCAGACAGCAGUCAUUCGUACAGCCGUCCCGAUAUCCAUCCGCCCGCAGCGCUGUGGCUUAUCUCUGAAAUCCAGCUGGAUGUUUCACAGGCCUGUGUAUUUGCGUUUGUGUGUGUUAGAGAGAGAUGGAAAGGACGGACUUCUAACCAAAAGGUUUAAAAAAUAUAUUUGAAAAAAAAAAAUGUAAAUGUAAAUUAGACCUAAAAAAGUAGUCAUUUUUAUUUUUAUUUUAAAAUAUCUAAAUAGGAGCAGAUAACAGAUGGAAAAGAACUGAGUUUUAAUCAAAGCUUUUUUUUAAACAAGGGAAAAAGACUAUUUAAAGACUAUUUUAAAUGGUUUUAAAUGUGACAAAGACAUAUCCUCUUUUUAUCCCCGUUUCAUUCUUGGGAAUGUUUUUGACAGAAUUUUUAUACCAUUUGCACUUUAGCUUUUUAAAUGUAUAAGUAGGAGCAGAUGAGAGAUAGAAAGGACAGACCUCUAACCAGAGGUUUUACAAAAAGAAAAUGUGAAAAAAAAACUUUUUAAAUGUAACAAACUUUUUCAUAAAUGUUUAUUUUUUUUAUUUAAUUAUUGUUUCUACUUUGUUUUUGUUUGUUUUUUUUUAAGUAGGAUAUGAGCAGGUUUUUAUAUAUAUAUACAGUAUAUAUGAACAUUUUAAAAAUUUGGUACAUUUAAACUGUUUUAAAUGUAGCAGCUAGUUAUGCAUUUCAAUUUUUUCUUCCCCAGUUCAUUCUUUGAAGUGUUUUUGACAACAUUUAAAUGUUUUAAAUGCAACAAAGUCCAUUCAAUUCCCCCCCCCCCACAUUUCAUUUUUUGAAAGGUUUUUGACUAUACAUUUAAAUGCCGUUUCUACUUUAUUUUUGAUUUUUUAAUAUGUAAGUAAGAGAACCAUGAGAACUGUGACUGAGAUGAAAAUUUGUUUUAAAGAUUUUUUGUUGUUUUAUAUGAUUCAUUGUAAAUACAGUUCAUACCUCAGGACAUUGCAAAGGAUGCUACUUGAGGUAUUUUGUAUUACUUGGAAGCUGUCUAAAAUAGAAACUUGGGAAAAAGUUAAAAUAUUCAGAUAUAAUGUUUUUAUUUAAAUAUCAAUGAUUUAAACAAUAAACAAGUGAAGUAUCCUUAA